AUGAUAGAGGAUGCAGUACAACUUACUCCUCAUGACCACCCUCACAAGCCGGCAUGUUUGAGCAACCUAGGCAACUCGUUAUUCACCCGCUUCCACCAUCUCCCCGAUGCUGCUGCUCUCAAUAAUGCUAUAUUGGCUUUCUCUGCCGCCGCCCGCUCAUCAGCAGGUCCCUCUUCCACCCGUCUGAAGGCAGCUCUGCAAUGGAUUCGUUGCGCUCAUCUUAUUCCCUCCGAAUCUCUUCUUGAUGCCUACGCCGUAGCCAUUGACCUUAUCCCUCAGGCAGCAUGGCUUGGUCUCCCCCUCCGAGACCGCCACCGCGAGCUCCUACGAGCGGCAGAUGUUGUACGAGAUGCAGCAGCCUAUGCUCUGGCACGUGGGUACUACAACACAGCUAUUGAAUGGCUCGAGCAGGGCCGCUCAGUUGUUUGGAACCAGCUGCUGCAGCUUCGUACCCCCCUCGAUGAGCUGCAGAGUCGCGAUUCAACGCUUGCGAACAGACUCCGUCAAGUCUCAUAUGAAUUAGAGAAGGGUAGUGGGCAUGACAUGGCUGGAGCUGGAGAGAUGAAGAAUGCUGGUGGGUUUUCCCUGGAGGAACAGGCCCGACAGUACCGUGGACUCGCAGUGGAGCGCGAAACGAUUCUCUCAGAGGUCAGAUGUCUGCCUGGUUUUGAAAGAUUCUUGCUGCCAAGGACUGUCUCACAACUCGCUCCUUCGGCACAUGCGGGACCCGUCGUCAUCCUUAACGCCAGCCAGUACAGAUGUGAUGCAUUAGUCCUCCUGGCUGAAUCGGACGACGUACUUCAUGUCCCCCUCCCUGAUAUCACAUACGAGCAGGUGGAUAACUUACAGAAAUCCCUGAAUAGAUUGCUUGCCAGUCAUGGCCGUGUUAUUUCGCCGAUGGACAGAGCUAUAAGAGAAGUUGUAUGGAGGGAUCGAACUCCUGACGAAUCGUUCAAGUUCAUUCUUUCGGAAUUGUGGAAGAACGUUGUACGGCCGAUGUUGGAUGCCCUUGCUUUUUCGACUCCAACCGCAGGAGAACUAUCUCGUAUUUUCUGGUGCCCCACUGGUCCAUUUUCAUUUCUCCCCAUCCAUGCUGCAGGUCUUUAUGACGACGCCAAUACAGGACCGAAGCUCUCGGAUUUCGUCAUCUCGUCGUAUACACCUACCCUCAGUGCUCUCGCCCUCCCACUGCAAGAAGGCACUACUGCAAAUACUAUGCGCCUUGUUGUUGUCCCUCAGCCAGCAUCAGACGGGCACACUCGGCUGCCGGGUGCACGAAUAGAGCUUGGACAUAUCAAGACGACGCUUCAAACCUCCCCAUCUACCCCCGUCUCUCUCGUAGAAUCCAUCGGGACCGUGGACGACGUACUGACUAAGAUGAAGGAGUCGGACUGGAUCCACUUUGCAUGUCAUGGCAUACAAGACGUCCGCAGUCCUCUCGACAGUGGAAUCGUGCUUGCUGAUCGUCGCCUCUUGAAGCUGACGGACGUCAUCAAGUUGGCGCGUCGUCAUGGAGGACUUGCGUUCCUCUCCGCCUGCCAGACUGCCACGGGCGAUAAAGAUCUUCCUGAAGAGGCUGUGCAUCUCGCUGCAGGCAUGCUGCUCGCUGGGUAUGGCGGAGUGGUUGCCACGAUGUGGUCGAUACGGGACAGUGAUGCGCCCAAGGUGGCAAAGAGCGUGUACGAACAGCUGUUCCGGGAUGGGAAUUUGCCCGACUACAGGCAGGCUGCACGGGCACUGCACUACGCGGUCAAGCGUCUUCGGGAGGAGCACAAUGUGCCUUGUGUGUCUUGGGUUCCGUUUGUACACAUUGGUCUGUGA